GCAGGUGUGUGUGUGUGAGAUAUAAAUACAACAAAACUGUCUAUCUUUACAGUUUUUUCUUAGGGCUUAUAAACAACAAAAAUACAUAUUCAAGCCGGAUACCACACCAACAAAACAUUAAAGAUGGAUCGGUACCAGAAGGUCGAGAAGCCUAGAGCAGAACAACCGAUUGACGAGAAUGAGAUUCGCAUUACUAGUCAAGGAAGGAUGCGGAGCUAUAUCACUUACGCCAUGAAUUUGCUCCAGGAAAAAGGCUCGGAAGAAAUUCAGUUUAAAGCCAUGGGUAGAGCCAUUAACAAGACCGUAACAAUUGUGGAAUUGAUAAAGAGGCGAAUUGUUGGUCUGCAUCAAAUUACAUCUAUUGGAUCCACAGACAUAACUGACACUUGGGAACCCCUAGAGGAAGGAUUACUUCCUUUGGAAACCACGAGGCAUGUUUCGAUGAUAACUAUAACUCUAUCAAAGAAGGAGCUGAAUACAUCAUCUAUUGGGUAUCAGGAACCACUGCCAGCUGACCAGGUGAAGGUGUCAACUGAUAUUGAAUACGAAGGAGAGGGUUCACCAACUGCAAGGGGCAGAGGGCGUGGUGGAAGGGGAAGAGGAAGGGGAAGGUCUAGAGCUGCACCAGCAGGAAAUGGUUUUGGACAAGACGAGUAUGAUGAUGGAUGGGAUGGCCCUGCUGGUUAUCCCAGGGGAAGAGGCCGAGGAAGAAGUUCUGGGUUUCGAGGACGCGGAAGGGGAAACUACGGAAAUGCACUUUAUAUGGAUAAUCAGCAAGAUGCUGGAGGUUACAAUCAAGAAUCUCCUAGGGGAAGGGGUCGUGGUUUCCGUGGCCGUGGAAGGGGAGGAUAUAACAAUGGGUCUUAUAUGGAUAAUCAGCAAGAUGUGGGGGGUUACAAUCAAGAAUCUCCCAGGGCCAGGGGACGUAAUUUCCGUGGUCGUGGAAGGGGAGGCUACAAUAAUGAACCUUAUAUGGAUGCUCCGCAAGAUGCAGGAGGUUAUAACCAAGAGAAUCCCAUGCGAGGUGGAGGUCGUGGUCGUGGGAGGGGAACUCGUGGAGGAAGGGGUCGUGGUGGUUUCAGAUCAAACAGGCCAAAUCAGGUCGCAGCUGGUGGCGACUAAGAAAAAAAAACAGGGUUUCAUGAAUGUUCUGCUUUCAUAUGCUUUCCAUGAAUGUUUGGACGUCUGCCUGCUCCAUUUCUAUGUUUUGUUUCAUUUUUUCCAGUUCCCGAUAAUUGACCUAGGAACAUCAGUUUGUACUAAAAGUGUAGACUAAGUUUUAGUAGCGAGCUUUGAGUUUUUCAUGUCAUCUGUUAAUGUUUCUAUUUUUUCGAUUUUAAUGUAAUUUUUGCUCUCAUUCUUUAGGUUAAAUAUUUUGUUUUAUGUUUGUAGGUCUUGUGUGUAUGACUGACUGAAGUUAAAUUCAGUGAGCGUGACACAAGAUUUUUCUUUUUCCUUAGAGGUAAUUGGUUUUGUUUCAUGAGUUGUAUGUGAUACUCUUAUUUCUUGAGAAGAAAUUUGGUUUUACUUGAA